UUAAAUAUUUUCUUAGCGUAAACCUAUUUAUCUCUUUCUGCUAUUGAACACAAUAUAGUAAUUAAGAAAAUAUGUUUUUGACUUGUAUCUGAAAUGAUGCAACUGAUAAAUUUACCACUGAAAAACAGAUCGUCGUGAAAAUAAAUAAAGUUAAUCAUUAAGUUAGUCAAGUGGAAUAACCCAACUUAUUCCAAACAUUUAACUAACUUUCCAAAAUACUAUAUUUGUGUCGUUUUUUAAUGUUUUUUUUUCGCAGCAAUGUCGGUGCCAGAAAGAUUUACCAAUAUUGAUGAGUAUUUAAGCGUUGCGUUCGAUAUUUUGCGCACGUAUUCCUGGAUUUAUCGUGAGCCAAAUGUAUCAUGCAUCAAAUCUAUUGAUCGCAUGCCAGAUGAUUUCAAAAGAUUUUUUCUGUCGCUCCCCAAUGAAAGCCUUAAUAAGUUUCCAUUCGUCCACGAAUCUUUUACUGAUUGCCCUCCUACGAUACUACGUUUCCGUCAGGAAAUUUCUCAUCUUACACCUAGGCAAACGCUUUUUCAAUCACUUCUUCCCGAUCGUAAGCACAAUAAAAUAACUAGAGUUGAAACUCAAAACCGCAAAAUGGGUCCAAAAAAACUGCACGAAAUUGAAAAAUUCGCCGACCAUAUUUACAAGCACAGUCCAAAUACAGAGAUGGUAAUCGACUUGGGAUCCGGUUUGGGUUAUCUCAGUGAAGCUUUGAUUAAAUUGAAUAAGAAAUAUUUAAUACUUGGUCUUGAAGCCGAUGGUCAGCGAGUGAAAACCGCACGCCAACGAAUAAAGCACUUACUUCCAGAAGAAAGCUAUGACCUGAUUAGUUACGAAAAGUUGUUUAUAACAUCAGACGCUCAUUCGCGCGACUUUAUAGAACGUCAUACAUUUGAACUGGCAAAAGCCAGCGGGUUGAGACAAUCAACAGCAUUCAGUACAGCACUAAUUGGCUUACAUGCCUGUGCAGAUUUGAGUAUUGACGCAAUGUUAUUAUUCCUUGAAAUGCCCAAUGCGCGUUCUCUACAUCUCAUGCCAUGCUGUUAUCAUAAGAUUUCGGUAAGCAACGCCCAGGCGGAUUUUCCAUUUUAUAACUUUCCACUUAGUGCAUCCUUUCGAAACGCAUUGUCUGCUAAUGCUCCACAAGUCUAUUUAAAUCGACCUUUCAUGCGGCUAGCUUGUCAACAGACUAUAUCGCGCUGGAGAUGUGAAUAUGCUUUGCAUGUCAAGCAUGGAACGCAAAUGUUUUUGCGUGGAUUGGCCGAAUAUUUAUGUGAUACUGACGAGUUGGUUAUGAUGAAGCGCAAAAAAAACAUAUUUACACCACCUGCUUCACUGGGAUUAGAUGAUGUGCAACAAAGAUUUCAGCUACACUCCAGACAUACGGGUCAACAAGUUCCGUGGCGACCCUUUCACAAUAAACGUCUAAUUGAAAUAAGUAAGAGGUACACAUUGGAACAGGGAUGUUGUCUAGCCGAGGCGUUGUGCUGUUUGCAGGCCAGUAUUCAGCAACUUUGUGAGAACCUUGUAUUGCUGGAUAGACUGUGUUAUCUUAACGACGUGGCUACCUCGAAGCAUCUGCGUAUAGAAGCUUGGUACGAAAAGUUGUUAGAUGAGGAGCUAUCCCCACGAUGUCGUGUUCUGGUUGCCAAAAAGUUGUGAUGCGGGUCGAGAGCUAUUAGCUACUUCAAUAUGGUCGUGGAUAAUACAUAAUGUAAUUAACAAGUACACCAGUAUAGAAUUUUAAUGCAUAAAAGUUUGCGUCUGAAGUCAAGCGAGAGGACUUAUAAUUUACUACCGCCGCCUGUUGUCAUCAAUUAAAAUCAGGGCCUACUAAAAAAUCCUUGUACAAAUUGCGCUCAGUAUUUCACUUCUGCAAUCUUUUUUUAAGCACAUUAUAAGUAAAAUGUAAGUGCUUGACUUUUUACUCAUUAGCUGAAGCGAAGCGGGUCCUUCUUGUAUGGUAAUUAAAUUUCUUUCAGCAUCUGCGCAAACUUAAAUUCAACAUAUGUAUGCAUGUAUGCACAUACAUAUGAGAACAUACAUACAUAUAGACACAGAGCUACAAUUGUAGAGAUACACUGCUCGCCAUUUGAAUAGAACGUUUCUAAAGUUGAUUUUCUAUAGUUAAUUGCUGCUAGGCCCAGCUGUCAAAAAAAAUAAUUUUUGUAUUCUUGUAAAUUUUUGUUGAAAAGCUAUAAAUAAAUGCUACAAAAAGUGUUG